AUGAGUAACCCUGAUGCGGCUCUGGUGCGUUCGCUUUGCUCCGAUUUCUCUCUGAGCCUUGUGCCGCACGGUGCCACUCAUCAUACUCAUGGCUCAGACUCCUGGCUUGAGCUGUGCCUGAUUGAUCAUGAUGACACGCUUCUAUCCUACUGGAAGACAGAGGCCCCCUUUGUGGACGGUCACGAUCUUAUCACUGCAACAAUACAGGCUGUCCUUCCUCGCCCAUCUGUGAGUAGGGACUUCACUUACAGGGAUUUUGCUGCUCUGGAUCUUGAUGUGCUAUUGUCGCAGCUUGCCGCGAGCGACUGGUCAGUGUUCGAUGGCCUGUCGUCUCCAGACGAAAUGACUGCAUGCCUGGGCGGUAAUCUUGGAGUCGCCAUGGACGGUGCUGUCCCGCUCAAGACGGUGAGGAAGUCCUCGAAGCGCAAACCGUGGUUUACUGAUGGGAUCGUUGCUCUUGUAGCGAAGAGAGAUCGCCUGUACCGUGUGUACAAACGUACUUACUCUUGUCAGGCACUCUUGACCUAUCGCACGGCUCGUGAUCGUUCUCAUCGUGAGGUUGAGGCGGCACGUCAACUUUUCUUCCAGUGA